UCACUGCUUUUGACCUGCAGCAGUCAGGCAUGCAAACAUUGGAGCAUGUGUCCGUUACCGUAACCAUCAGCCACCCUCGCCGUGGCAAUGUUGAGAUGGUGUUAAUAUGCCCCAGUGGAAUGACCUCACUGAUUGGAGCCAGGAGAGCACUGGAUGUCGAUACUACUGGAUUCACGGACUGGACGCUUUCCACUGUGCGAUGCUGGGGAGAAAAAGCAGAGGGACAAUACAGACUAAAUAUCACAGACCACAGAGAUCCUGCUUUGUCAUUGGGCACUCUAAAUUCCUGGAAACUUACUCUGUACGGUUCAUCUAUGUCUCAUCAGCAGGUGAAAGAGAGACGGAGAAUUGUGGAAGAAGCUAUGGGCGGGCAGUAUCUGAACAGUAGCUUUGCUCUUCCCUGCCCACCUGGCAUAGAUGUACCACCUGAGAUUGUGAGUCCAUUCACCUCAAACAGUCUAAAGUCUCUCCUGCUUCUGGGCUGUUUCGCUCUCUUCUGGUCGCUGUAUUACACUCUUGAAGUGACUCUCACUCAUGUGGACUGGCGUAGAUGUCGGACAGCUGUGAGAAACAGAAACAGAGGACUACAGGCUGGAUCUUCAGUCCUAGAUAACAGCGAAGUGGUGGAGAUUCAGCCGGAGAUUGACAUGGAGUCCAAAGUUCCCCUGAUAUCUGGAGAUGAGAAUACAUAGCACUCAGGGACAGCUGAAGAUCGGUUCAUCUCGCUCUGUAUUUAAGAUUUAUGUUUGCACUUUUCUUUGGUUUGGGCAUGUGAGCGAAUGCUCUGUAUUGGGUUGCCUUAUUUGUUUUUAUUUCAUCAUUUGUUAAUUUUUUCACACAAAUUGUGUGGUAUGUGUGCCUGAUAAAGUGAGUGGGUUCUUUACAGUAUUUAAAAGAAUUAGUGCAAAUGAACUUUGACGAUAGGAUGUUUUGCACAUAAUGUAUGUAUAUGUGUGUGUGUGUGUGUGACAGAGAGAGAAUCUAUUGUAUGAAAAUGAGUGUUUGAGGGCUGUAUGAGACGUAUGAUGUAUUAAGAGUUAAAUAUACUUUUAUAAUAGUUUUUGUUUUUUGAUUGUGAUACAUUGACUGUGUCACGUUUGGGUAUGUUUUGGCUAUAAAUACCUCAGACACUUGAAUUUUGAAAGAGAUUGUUUGAAACUGACAUUUUACUGGUACUAGCCUGUUUUUAUUGAGGUGUGGUGUUACAAUCAAUCAGAAUUUGGUCAAAAAAAGAAUUUAUUGAAUGUGGUUUUCAAUAAAAAAAUAAUAAAUGCUU